GGAAGUCAAGGAGAGGCCCAGUCCCCUCUGGGAAUGCAACUCAUCCCACAAAAGGAAGAUCUCCUUGCCCUGCUAAAUAAGCAUCAGUCAGAGCUCCGAGUGAGCUCUGGUCAAAGGCUGCUUUGAAGACAGCCAGCAGGGGCCAUGACCACCCUCUCUCCUGAAAACAGCCUCUCUGCCAGAUGGUCAGCCUCCUUCAUCCUGGUGAAGAGAAAACCACCCAUUGACAAGACGGAAUGGGAUGCCUUCUUUGAUGAGAACGGUCUCUUGGCCAAGUCACGAGACUUCAUAUGUGUUAACAUCCUGGAAAGGGGUCUGCACCCCUUCGUGAGGACAGAAGCCUGGAAGUUCCUCACGGGUUACUACUCAUGGCAGAGCUCAAAGGAUGAGCGGCUCGCAGUGGACAGCACAAGGAGGAAGAACUAUGAGGCCUUAUGUGAGAUGUAUGAAAAGAUUCAACCCCUUCUGGAAAACCUGCACCGGAACUUUAUAGAGACUCGGAAUAACAUCGCCUAUGACAUUCAGAAACUCUACGACAAAGACCACCUAGGCAACGUCCUUAUCGACAAGAAGAGACUGGAAAAAAUCCUGCUCCUGAGUUACGUCUGCAAUACCCAGGCAGAGUAUCAGCAGGGCUUCCACGAGAUGGUGAUGCUUUUCCAGCUGAUGGUGGAACAUGACCAUGAGACCUUCUGGCUUUUCCAGUUCUUCCUGCAGAAAACGGAGCACAGCUGUGUCAUCAACAUCGGAGUGGGCAAGAACCUAGAUGUGCUCAACAACCUGAUCGACUUCUUGGACCCUGUGUUUGCUGAGCACCUAAGAGGGAAGGGUGCCGGGACCGUGCAGUCCCUCUUCCCCUGGUUCUGUCUCUGCUUCCAACGGGCCUUCAAGUCCUUCGAAGAUGUCUGGAGGCUGUGGGAGGUCCUGCUGACGGGGAAGCCGUGCAGGAACUUCCAGGUGCUGGUGGCCUACAGCAUGCUGCAGAUGGUGCGCGAGCAGGUGCUGCAGGAGAGCAUGCUCAGCAAUGACAUCAUCCUGGCCUGCAACAACCUCAUUGACCUUGACGCCGAUAUGCUGAUCUCUGCUGCCUGCUUGGUUUAUGCUGAUCUCAUCCAGAGAGAUGCUCCUCCGCCCUUAAAGGAUUUCUUUCUCUGAAGACACUCACAAGGGACAGAUGCCCUCAAUGGACAGAAGGAAGGAGUACAUCAGCCAUGAAGUCCAACGGGGCAGCAGGGUGAGGGUGUAGGUAAUACAACUACAGCAGAAA